AUGGAAGCUCAGGGGGCAGAAGACACGGUGAAGAAAGCCGUCGCGGCGUCCUCAGGCGCGCUGCUUACGUCGCUUUUCGUGACGCCACUCGACGUGGCAAAAGUGCGCAUCCAGUCGCAGGUCUGGCGCGCGUCCAAAGCGUCUGUUGACGUUCGGGUGCCUCUAAAAGCCAGUGCAGACGCCACUGCCAUCAAGCAGUGCUGUCGCUAUCGUUGUGUAUGCAACCGCUGCAUCACGCGCCCAGUCGCCAAGCUGCAGGUCUCGAGACGUGGAGGACACGCCCUGUCUGCCAUGCGCAUGUCGUGCGCGCGUGUCGCAGCUCCUUUACAGCUCGAGAGCACGUCGCAUGCUUUGCGUCACAUUUUCCAGACCGAAGGACUGAAGGGACUCUUUGCUGGCUUGUCUCCGGCCAUGAUCAUCGCCGUGCCUUCAACUGUACUCUACUAUGUAUCGUACGACCUGCUGUUGUCUGAAGGUCGUCAGAAUUUCCCGCAGACAGAAGGCAUGGUGCCACUGAUGGCAGGCACAACAGCUCGAAUGAUUGCUGCGUCCAUUACGUCACCUAUAGAAUUAAUACGGAUGCGCAUGCAGGGUCGCAAAGCCGGAGCAGGUGUCGUGGCAACGUUCCAGCAAGCGGUGCGGAGUGGAGGCUAUUGGUCGUUACUGAAUGGAUUAGGAGCGACGUUGGCUCGAGAUGUGCCGUUUUCGGCCAUUUAUUGGACGUCGUACGAGCAUUUUCAGAGGAAGAUUCAGUCGACAGAGCACGAGGUGACGAGGACGCAGCGAGCGUUCGUGUGCGGUGCAGUGUCUGGAGCUAUCGCUGCUACAGUGACGACCCCUUUUGAUGUGGUGAAGACGCUGCAGCAAGUUUCUAUUACGAAACAGGGAUCGCAGCUGUCGGGAACGAUGGUGUUGCGACAAGUGUUGGCUAGUAAGGGUGUGAGUGGGGCGUUUACGGGUCUUGGUGCACGGCUGGCACGGGUGGCACCGUCCUGCGCUAUCAUGAUUUCUUGCUACGAGCUGGGGAAGGAGAAGCUCGGUCUUGUAUAA